AUGAAACACUGCCUGGCUUUUCUGUGUCUCUCAGGAUUCGUUUUACAUGCCUUGGCUCAAUGCAGUGUCCCAGCCUCAGAGUUCCAUCUAGAAGGAGAUUUUUUGAUCGGUGGAUUGUUUAAUAUUCAUCAAGUCAGUGCCCCUAUUUACCAUGACAGACCAGAAGCCAUCGACUGCUCCAGUCAAGCAUUUAGUCUUACACAUUAUCGAAUGUUUCAGUUGAUGAGAUUCUCCAUGGAGGAAAUCAAUAAUUCUACCAACCUACUGCCAAAUGUAUCUCUGGGCUAUGAAAUAUUUGACCACUGCUCUGAUACAGAGAGUUUUCCAGGCAUUUUAAACUUAAUCUCAUUCAAUGGCAUGAUUCAACCUUGGCAUGAACCACAUGAGCAACAAACAAGUCCAUACAAGUCCAAAGUCAUUGCAGUGGUUGGCCCUCUUUCAAGCACUCACACCCUGACAGUUGCCCCAUUGUUCAUGGUGGAUCUCAUUCCUAUGGUCAGCUAUGGAUCUUCUAGUUCUGUCUUUUCAAUAAAAGCCAAAUUCCCCUCUUUUCUGCGAACAGUGCAUCCCAAUACAGACUCCAUAGAAGUGAUUUUUAACAUUGUGCAGCACUUCAAUUGGCGCUGGGUUGCUUUCCUUUACAUCGAUAAUGAUUAUGGCAUUGAUGGAAGGGAAUUGUUCAUAAAGAGGAUUAAGGACACUAAGAUCUGCCUGGCAUACACCAAAGGCCUCAAUGACAAUCCAAAUUACUCUCAGAUAUUCAAACAGAUAGAGACACAAAGAAUAUACGUCAUUAUUGUUUUUACCCCUGAAAAGACUGCUGAAUCUCUCAUUGAGUCAGCAAUACAACUGAAUAUCACAAACAAGGUGUGGAUAGCAGGGGAAAGCUGGUCGUUAAACAAGAGGCUCCCCAAGACAAAAGGAAUCGAAAAUAUUGGAACUGUAAUUGGGUUGUCUCAGCCAGUUGAGACAAUACCUGGUUUCAAUGAUUUUAUCUAUGCUUCCAAAAGCCAGGACAAUUGUCUUAAUGUAGAACAAAAUAUGUUUUGUAAUCAGGUUUGCAACUGCAGUAGCCUGCGCUCAGAAGAUGUAAUCGCAGCAAAUCCAUCCUUCUCUUUUACUAUUUAUUCUGCUGUAUAUGCCAUUGCUCAUGCCUUACAUAACACCUUGCAAUGUGGAUCUGGCAGAUGUGAUGGGAAUAUUAAAGUGUAUCCACAUAUGGUUCUAGCAGAGCUGAGGAAGUCCAAUUUUACACUUUUAAACCAGAGUAUUCAGUUUGAUGAGAAUGGUGACCCGAAGUAUGGAUCAUACUCUAUAGUUUUCUGGAACCACAGUGGUGAUGCAGAGGAGAUCGGCUUUUAUGAAUCAGACCCAACAAUCACUUUCUUCAUCAACAACAGCAAAAUACAGUGGUACAUGAAUAGAGAAGUGCCUACUUCAGUGUGUUCCCCUGAGUGUCCGGUAGGACAUGCAAAAAAGUAUGAUGGAAUCCACAAAUGCUGCUUCACUUGUGAAAUUUGUCUGAAUGGAACUUAUAUCAACAGUACAGAGGAUCCCUACAAAUGCUUCAAAUGUAAGGAGACAGAGUGGUCUGCAGAAGGAAGCACAUCAUGCAAUCUGCGGGUGGUGGAGUACAUCCCAUUCACAGACAGUGGAGCUAUAGUGAUCAUGGUGUUGGCCUGGGUCUUGGUGGGUCUCACAGCAGCCAUGUCUGUUCUCUUUGCCAUCAACUACAACACACCUAUUGUCAGAUCUGCUGGGGGACCAAUGUGCUUCUUAAUUUUAGGCUGCCUCAGUCUGUGUAGCAUUAGUGUUUUCUUUUACUUUGAUAAGCCAACAGCUUCCUUUUGUGUCUUAAGGUUCUUGCCGUUUCUUUUGUUCUACAAUGUUUGUCUGGCAUGUUUUGUUGUUCGCUCCUUUCAAAUUGUUUGCAUUUUCAAAAUAGCUGCCAAAUUCCCCGAGCUCCAAACAUGGUGGUUGAAAUAUCACGGAAAAUGGCUGGUCAUUACUGUGGCAUUUGGCACUCAGGCGCUCUUACUUCUUAUUAGCUAUUCUUUUGAUCCACCCAAGCCCUACAAUGAAACUGUUUGGUACCCAGACAAAAUAAUACUAAGUUGUAGUCUUAAUCUUGGAGCAUUUUCUGGUUCUGUGAUUUUACUGUUAUCUUUGUGCUCUCUUUGCUUCAUUUUCUCCUACAUGGGAAAAGAUCUCCCAAAAAAUUACAAUGAGGCCAAAGCAAUAACCUUCUGCCUGCUCCUGCUGAUCCUCACCUGGAUCAUCUUUGCCACUGCAGCCAUGCUUUACCGUGGAAAGUACAUCCAAACUCUUAACGCUCUGGCAGUACUCUCCAGUCUCUACUCCUUUCUGUUGUGGUACUUCCUCCCAAAAUGUUACAUCAUCAUAUUUCAACCCCACAAAAACACAAAGCAGUACUUCCAAGGUAUCAUUCAGGAUUAUACCAAAACACUGAGCCAGUAGAGGCUUCAGGUAAAUAUGUGGAUACAUACACAUAAGACCUCAUGUGCCUCAGACAUUUUGGAAAUGCAAUGCUAAUAAUUUGACAU